UCAUGGUUGGAUACAGGUGCCGCAUGUAAACCAGCUCCAGUUUGGGAUUGUGGUCUUGCAUGUUGUAAUGGUUCUGAAUACCGUUGGUGUCAGGAUUGUAGCAUCGAGGCUUUGGCAGACAUUUCCAGCACCACUAGUAUUUGGACAGUUGAUUUGGCUUAUCUGCUAAAGAGGUUUUCAGUUAGAUUUUCAUACUUCACUGUGACGAUUGGAGCAAAUCCAAGCUACUCUGUUGAGACAUACUAUAAGGAACAACUGCCAACCGAUGUACUUAGAGUAGAUAUGUUAUUUGAAAAAGCUUCCGAAGAAGGGAUCAACAUACUGUGCAGGUCAAUAAUGAAAAAGAAAUUCCUGUUUAAUCUUAUCUGGGAAAUAUAUCGUCAUUGCGUUAGUUAAUCAAUACAAGUUGAGUCGCACGUGGCUAGAGGAUGCUAUCCUAUCAAGCUUGGACGAUAGCAACCGGGAGUAUGUAGGACAUUAUAUAGUGAUAGUGGCUACGAUGCUGAUAGUGAUGAAUUCGAAAUACGAGAUCCAGCAAGUUCCAGGAAGAAUGAGAAAAUUUCAUCCAAAUGCUUAGAAGAAGCACGCAAGUCGUUCGGAACGGAUGAAGAUCUUCUUGUGAUAUCUCUGGAGACCAGCAACAAACAGAAGAAGAGUUGUUGGGGGAAACUUCCUCCACUAAAUAUCAACAACACAUAAAUUCCAUUGACAAGUCAUUCUUUGCUGUCUGCUGAUCAGCAGCAGGCACGAUGAACAAUCAGGUUGAUACCAAAGCACAUGGGGAUCUGUCUGUCCAUAUGAUACUCUUUUUCCCUUUUGGCCACUUUCCAAGCAGUUUUCUUUUGUUUCUUCCCCUUUUCUGUUCUGUGUGUGUCCAUAAUAAUUUAUACAGAUAGCGUCCAGAAAUGUAUUUGGGGAGUGAAGUAAAUGUACAAAAAAAGGAGAGACAAAAUAAAAGAGCAAAGGGCUCUGAUCUGAUGAUACAGUCGUGUCGCUGUUGUACUGUAUACCACAUAAUACAAAGCCAAAGCUAAAGCUGAUUCCGUGUGGAUUCUUGAAAUCAAAGUCGCCAUU